AUUGAUAAUUUAUUAUUAAACCGCUGCAAUAUCUUGUAAUCAAUCAGUCACAAAUAUUUCGCAAACGCAAUAAUUUUCAAACGUUGUGCGAGUCGUACAAAAUAAUUAAUAACACCUGAAACUGCAACCACCCGCAUUCACAAACUUCCGCACUCACAACCGCAACUGUACGUUUGAACCAGUCGGACCCUUAGUAGUUUGAAAAUUGUAUAAAAUGCAUUAACUACCAACUUCCAAAAAUUAUAAAUAUUAUCUUUUGAGUUUUUAGAAAAUAUAAAUAAUACUAAAUUCACUAAACCAAGUUGAUUAUGUUCUUUAAUUUGUGUAUAUCUUUAAGAAUAAGCUUAGCCAAAAAAUAUAAUCAUUUUGGUAUAUUAUUUCUUAUAAUCACUUAUUUUAGUAUAUUAAUAAAGUAUUAUGCUUUAUGCAUGAAAUAAUCUCAUAUGUAAUUUUCUUUUGAAAGUGGUAAUCUCAUUCAAAUUCAAAUACUUUGGUUGUAGAAAAUAUAUGUGAAAAUAAGUUAUGUGAGUCUGAAAAUAAGUUAUGGUGCAGAAAUAAUCUUCCCCCUCCUCCCUCCGCGUAACAAUUGUAUGUCUUUCUCUUAUUAUUACAAAUUUUUAUUUUGAAAUUUCAUAAUGUGAAAUCAACUAAUAUAAAAUUCCCAUACACAUAACAUACGUUUUAAAAUAUAAUAUCACACACAUAUAUAUUUGGAAACAUAUUAUCCACUAUUUCCAGUGGAAGAUAGUAUUGUUUUAGUUUUCUUUGGAACAAAACUUAGGUUACCUUUAAAUUCACAUAUAUAGUCACGUAGAUAAUUUCUUUAAAACAAUUAAAUUUAGUUAAAAUUAACUAAAAAUGUAGAAUAACGCCAAUUUUAACGUUAUGACGUCGUAAGCUAAACCAUAAAACCUAAAUCUUAAAUUCUAAACCUAAACCUUAAAUCAUAUAUUCUAUACCAUAAACUCAAAUCCUAGACCCUAAACUCAAAUUGUAUACCGUAAACCCAAACUGUAUACCCUAAACCCAAACCAUAAACCCUAAACUCAAACCAUAUAUCCUAAACCUAAAUCGUAGACCUUAAAUUCAAACCUUAUAGCGUCUAAGUUUAGGGUUUGCGUUUAGGAUUUACAGUUAAUUAGGUUUUAAGUUUAAGAUUUAGAUUUAGGGUAUACAGUUUGGGUUUAGGGUCUAGGAUUUGGUUUAGAGUAUAUGGUUUGGAUUUAAAGUUUACGGUUUGAGUUUAGGAUUUAGGAUUUGGGUUUAGAGUAUACGGUUUGGGUUUAGGGUCUAGGAUUUGGGUUUAGGGUAUAAGGUUUGGGUUUAAGAUUUACGGUUUAGAAUUAGAAAUUUAAGAUUUCGAGUUUACGGUUUAGCAGGCGGCGUCAACGUUAUUAAAAUUAGCAUUAUUCUUUUUUAGGUAUUUUUUAAAUAAAUUUAAUAUUUUUUAGUUAAUUAUCCACGUGGCCUUUUGAUUGGUACUAGAAGGAGAGGUGAAUUUAAAGGUUAAUUAAUUUAAGUUAUGUUCUUUCUUAAAUAACUGAUUCACUUAUACCAACGCCUAAACUAUUCUGACAAAGUGAAGAAAAGGCAGAAAAAUAAGAGAAAUUAAUUGAUUUUCAAUAUGAUGAUCUAAACCAUUUGGUCAACUUAUCUUUUUUUCUUUUUGAUCAAACUGGUCAACUUAUCUAAAUUUGUAUUCGAGUAUUCUUUUCUAGUAUAUAUUUCACAUUAAUUUGUUGCACGGGAAUAAUUCAAAUUAGACAAGUAACCUAACACAAAAAAAGAACCUGCAACAUUACAACCAUCUCAACUCCCGCUAAUAUUCACACCAACUCCAACAACAACAUCAUCCAUCAUCUUUUAUAUCAACUUAAUCCAUACACACAUUUUUACAUAUAUAUCCACGAUACCCUUUUCAUAUAAUCACCAAAAAUUAUCAAAUACCUGUUAAACCAAAUUUCUCAAUAACUUUUAGAAUGGCUAAGAGCUAUACUCAUUCUGCUUCCAUGGUAGUAGCAGAGAAGAUCUCGUGGUACUGCGCGGUGUUCGCCGCCAUGAUGCUGUUAAUGAGCUGCUGCCACGUAGAAGAGGAGGCCGGUUCCACAAAUACCAACGUGCAGAAACAGCAUCCAUCGAUGAUGAUCGCCGGGUAUUCUGGUCGGCGCCCAGCAUGCGAUGAGAUAUAUGAAGUGAAAGAAGGAGAGACGUUGCAGACGAUAAGUGAGAAAUGUGGAGAUCCAUAUAUAGUUGAAGGGAAUCCUCAUAUACAUGACCAUGAUGAUGUUUUCCCUGGUUUACUCAUCAGAAUCACUCCUUCUUUUUAAUAUCAGUGAUUAUAUAUUUAAUGUAUUAGUAUCAUAUGGAUCUUGUUUUUCUUUGAUGUACUUGUGAGUGUGAAUUGAGAAAUAUUAUAAUCACUCUCGAUCUGAAUAUUAUUUUGUAUAGUACCAGUUUGGUUAUCGUAAGGACUACCUAAUUAAUUACAAAGUUGUCAUUUCGAUCAGUUUGAUGGCUCUCUUCAUGCAAUAGAUGUAACAAUUUGGAAUCGAGCUCAAAGUAUGCAAUCGGUUAAGUGGCCACCGCUAUUAACCGAUUUCAUGAGCUCUCUCGACCUUCUAAAUUCUUGGACUUAUAUAUUUGUUGGAAUAGAAGUGAGUUUGUCUAAGAAAAAGUAUUCUUAAAAUAUUUUUUUUAAUUUUACAAUUAACACUCUUAAACUUAUAAAUAUUCAAAAUUAACUCAUUCAUUAUAUCUUUUGGAAGUUUUUCAUAAAAAUGCAAUAUUAUUUAAUUUAAACAUCUUAUUACAAAAACAUUAAACAAAAAUAAUAAAACAAAGUAGACAUUAUCUAACCAUCAUUAUUAUUAUACUUUUCCCAUAAUAAUCAAUUAAUUAGUGCAUUAUAAAAUGAUAAAUUAUUUUUUAUCUUUGAUAUUUUUGUUACGACUUAAAAAUUCUUGGAACAGUUAUCUUCAUCAUCUGAUAUUUGAAGCAAUCAACAAUAAAAUCAACAAGUUGCAUGUCCAUCCAUUUCGUUUGGACAAUAUUCUAACGAUCUUUGUAGAUCCGGAAGUAAUUUACCAGAAUAUUAAGUUGUUUUAAUAUUAGACCUUAUAAAUAACUUUGACGGAUAAACUAACACGUGUAGAAAAUAUAAGCUAUAACUGGACAAAUUUAUUUACUCAUGUAGAAAACAUAAGCUACAACGGGACAAACUUCUUUAGGGCUGGGCAAAUAAACCGAACCCGAAAAUCCGAACCGAACUCGAUCCGAUAAAAAUGAAUCCGAACCGAUCCGAACCCGACAUAAAUACCGAAUGGAUCUUUUUUAUGGUAUUUCGGGUUAUGGGUAUUAUCCGAACCGAACCCGAAAUUAAAUGGAUAUCCGAUAGAAUCCGAAACAUUCAAAAUGCCCAAAAAGAACUUGUACCAAACAUGAUCUCAAUUCCUGAUAUGUAGCCAAAAUACACUAAGAUAUUAUUAAGCAUCUACAAUAACUAUCUACUGCAUGAAUGUUGAUAGUUGAAAGUGGCGGUUGAAGCUUGAAAUUUUUAGAUUUUGGUUUUAUUUUCAUUGAAUAUUUUUUUCAUUUCAUGAGAAUUUAAUUUUUCGUUUUAUGAUUUCAUUUAUUGGUUUUUUUUCUAUCAAUAACAACGUACCUUUUGUUUGACUUUGAAUGAUCAUGUUUGAUGUUUUUUUCUUAUUUCUGAAUCGAUUUUACUUAUGUUUUGGUUACAAAAUAGGUAUAAAUCAAGUACUUUAAACCCGAAGAACCGAUU